AUGGAGACUCGCUACAACCUGAAGAGCCCAGCUGUUAAGCGUUUAAUGAAAGAAGCAGCAGAAUUGAAAGAUCCAACAGAUCAUUACCAUGCACAGCCUUUAGAGGAUAACCUUUUUGAAUGGCAUUUCACAGUUAGAGGGCCCCCAGAUUCUGAUUUUGAUGGAGGAGUCUAUCAUGGACGAAUAGUGCUGCCACCAGAGUAUCCCAUGAAACCACCAAGCAUUAUUCUCCUAACGGCUAAUGGACGAUUUGAAGUAGGCAAGAAAAUCUGUUUGAGCAUCUCAGGACAUCAUCCAGAGACUUGGCAGCCUUCAUGGAGUAUAAGAACAGCAUUAUUAGCCAUCAUUGGAUUUAUGCCAACAAAAGGAGAGGGAGCCAUAGGUUCUCUAGAUUAUACACCUGAGGAAAGAAGAGCCCUUGCCAAAAAAUCACAGGAUUUUUGCUGUGAGGGAUGUGGCUUUGCCAUGAAGGAUGUCCUAUUACCUUUAAAAUCUGGAAGUGAUUCAAGCCAGGCUGAUGAAGAAGCCAAGGAACUGGCUAGACAAAUCAGUUUUAAGGCUGAAGUCAAUUCAUCCGGAAAGACUAUUACCGAGUCGGACUUAAAUCACUCUUUUUCACUGCAUGAUUUACAGGAUGAUAUACCUACAACAUUCCAGGGUGCUACAGCAAGUACAUCGUAUGGAGUCCAGAACCCCUCAGCAGCAUCCCCUGAACAACCUGCCCAACCUGCAGCUAAGAAUACCUCCCUGAGUCCUCGACAGCGCCGGGCCCAGCAGCAGAGUCAAAGAAGGUCGUCUCCGUCACCAGAUGUCAUCCAGGGCCAGCAGCCAAGAGACAACCACACUGAUCAUGGCGGAUCCGCUGUAUUGAUUGUCAUCUUAACUUUGGCAUUGGCAGCUCUUAUAUUCCGACGAAUAUAUCUGGCCAAUGAGUACAUAUUUGACUUUGAGAUAUAA